AUGGAUCACAGAGCCUUCGUUUCCGACAAUCUCCUCCGUCUAACGGGCGCGUCCGAGCCCACUGUCGUCGAUUUCGUGCUCGCGACUGCCAGCUCAUCCAAAUCGGCCUCCUCCCUCCAAGAUACACUAGCAUCAUUCCUUGAUGGCGGUGAUACCAGCUCAGCGGACAUUGAUGCCUUCGCCCGAGAGCUCUAUGGCCGCAUGGGCAAGGGCGCACAGCCCAGCGCGUCUGUCUCCAAACCCGCGACGAGCAAGGAAUCUACGAAGAAGAAGUACCGCUUAGUGGAUAUGGGAGAAGACCAACAAGACGUUGCUACAUCACUCGGGCCUACAAAUGUCGAAGCAGAACGGGUGCGACAGAAGAGACAAGACAGGGAUACCGUUAAGGACAGGAGCAGGAGCAAGCGCGAAGCCGAGCCUAGAAGUCGCGGGGAAAAGGAUGACACACGAAAACGCGACCGAAGCCGCGAUGCAGAAAGCCGUGAUCGGCCGCGGACCAGGAAGAUCCGAAGGAAGGACUCACAGGAAUUUGAAGAUCGAUGGGGUGACGAAGAAAUGCCCGAAGAAGACAUAUAUCCGGAGGAAUUUGAAGAGUCGCCCUCGAAGCGCACCCGACUCGACGACGGUUCCGCAUCCCCAGCCGCCAACAUCGAUCCCCAGACGCAGGAAGAGAUCGAUCGCCAACGAGAUCUUCGCGAACGAGACGAGUUUGCCAAACGACUGGCCAAUAAGGAUAGCAGCAAGUCUAAGAAAAUCGUGGAGGAUCGAACGCGUGAUAGUGAGGCUGCCCGGCGACGGGCGCUUGCUGAUGAUGCCCGCGCCCGGGCUGCAAUGAUGCCUGAUCUACGAGAAAGGUCUCGACAGGAAUACCUGAAGAAGCGUGAGACAGAACGGUUGGCGCUGCUGCGGCGACAGGUUAUGGAGGAAGCCGCAGAGUUGCGCGAGAACCCGAAUUUGACUCGCAAAGAGAAAGAGGAAUUUGCACGCAACAGAGAGGUUCUGCGCCUCGCCGAAGAGCGCCUUCGUAUCGAUGACUAUCGCGAUGGGUAUGAGAUGCCAUCUGACUACAUCACGGAGAAGGGCAAGAUCGACCGGAAAAAGAAAGAAGAAGCUCUCUACAAGAGGUACGUUGAGCGCGAUGAGAUGGGCCAGGAGCGAUUCGUCACUGAGCAUGAGGAAUGGGAGCUGGAACAGGCUGCCAAGGCCAAGGCCCAGAUCAAGAAGGCCGAAUUUGUGGAUGAAGGAGACUACGAGUAUGUCUUCGACGAUUCGCAGCAGAUCAACUUUGUCAUGGAUGCGAAACUCGAGGGCACUCAAAAGCCAAUGACAAAGGAACAGCUACUGUUCAAACAGCAGGUCGAUGAAGCGGAGAAGAAGGCUACCACUAUGGAAGAAACCCGCAAGAGUUUACCCAUCUACCAAUUCCGUGACCAGAUCAUCCAGGCUGUGGCUGAUCACCAAGUGCUGAUUAUCGUCGGCGAGACUGGUUCUGGAAAGACCACACAGAUCCCGCAGUACUUGCAUGAGGCUGGCUACACUAAGGAUGGUCUUAAGAUUGGCUGCACGCAGCCACGACGAGUAGCUGCUAUGAGUGUUGCCGCCCGUGUUGCAGAAGAAAUGGGCACCAAGAUUGGAAAUGAAGUUGGUUAUGCCAUCCGAUUCGAGGACAACACAAGCGACAAGACCAUUCUCAAGUAUAUGACAGACGGCAUGUUGCUGCGAGAACUGUUGACCGAGCCGGACUUGAGUCAGUACUCGGCCUUGAUGAUUGAUGAAGCACAUGAGCGGACGGUGCCAACGGAUAUUGCCUGUGGUCUUCUCAAGGAUAUUGCCAAGGCACGGCCGGAUCUGAAGCUGCUCAUUUCGUCGGCGACGAUGGAUGCACAGAAGUUCCAAAAGUACUUCGACGAUGCGCCCAUCUUCAACAUUCCUGGUCGCCGAUAUCCCGUCGAUGUGCAUUACACUUCGCAGCCCGAGGCCAACUACCUUGCUGCAGCAAUCACCACGGUUUUCCAGAUCCAUGUCACGCAAGGACCUGGAGAUAUCUUGGUGUUCUUGACUGGUCAAGAAGAGAUUGAGGCCGCCGAGCAAAGUUUACAGGAAACGGCUCGAAAGCUUGGGAGCAAGAUACCAGAGAUGAUCAUUGCUCCUAUUUACGCGAACUUGCCAUCCGAACUACAGACCAAAAUUUUCGAGCCAACACCGCCCAAGGCGCGAAAAGUAGUACUUGCAACCAAUAUUGCCGAGACCAGUUUGACGAUUGACGGUAUCGUCUACGUGAUUGAUCCUGGAUUCGUCAAAGAGAACGUGUUCAACCCUCGCACGGGCAUGGAGAGUUUGGUGGUGACGCCGUGUUCGCGUGCCUCGGCCAACCAGCGAGCCGGACGUGCUGGGCGUGUCGGACCGGGCAAGUGCUUCCGCCUGUACACCAAGUGGGCGUACUAUAACGAACUGGAAGAGAACACAACCCCGGAGAUUCAACGAACUAACCUGAACGGAGUAAUCCUCAUGCUGAAGUCGCUGGGCAUUGACCAAUUGCUCGAUUUCGAUUUCAUGGACCCGCCACCAGCAGAGACCAUCAUUCGCGCGUUGGAGCAGCUAUACGCACUCGGGGCACUCAACGACCGAGGCGAGCUGACCAAGGUUGGCCGGCAGAUGGCCGAGUUCCCGACGGACCCCAUGCUCGCCAAGGCGAUCCUUGCCGCCGACAAGUACGGAUGUGUGGAAGAAGUGCUUUCAAUUGUGUCGAUGCUAGGCGAAGGCAGCGCACUCUUCUUCCGUCCCAAAGACAAGAAGAUUCACGCGGACAGUGCACGCAAUCGCUUCACCAUCAAAGAAGGCGGAGAUCACCUGACGCUCCUGAAUGUCUGGAAUCAAUGGGUCGACUCAGACUUCAGCACCAUCUGGGCCAAGGAGAACUUCUUGCAGCAGCGCAGUCUUACGCGGGCACGUGAUGUGCGCGACCAGCUCGCAAAGCUGUGCGACCGCGUCGAGGUCGAGGUCAGUACCUGCGGGGCUGCAAAUAUCCAACCGAUCCAGAAGGCUAUCACGGCUGGAUUCUUCCCGAAUGCAGCGCGACUCCAGCGCGGCGGUGACAGUUACCGUACAAUCAAGAAUGGACAAUCGGUCUACUUGCAUCCGUCUAGUGUGCUGAUGGAGGUCAACCCGCGCUGGGUCAUUUACUUUGAGCUGGUAUUGACUAGCAAGGAGUACAUGCGCAGUAAUAUGCCGUUGCAGGCGGAGUGGCUUGUUGAAGUUGCACCCCAUUACUAUAAAAAGAAGGACUUGGAGAGUCUUGGAUUGGAUCGCAAAGUGUCAAAGGGGCAGGGGGCGGCUGGAGAGAAGAGCCGUGAGUAG